AUAACUCGACCCUCAAGCAGCAACACUAUCAGCGCUGCCAAAGUGGGAGGCACUGGAAACAGUUUUCUAGUGCCAGUUGGUGAUGUAGCAGGCAGUUUAAUGCCAGUAACAAGAGCCACAUCACCCAUCCUGGCAGUUUAAUGCCAGUAGCAGGAGCCACAUUACCCAUCCUGGCAGUUUAAUGCCAGUAACAAGAGCCACAUCACCCAUCCUGGCAGUUUAAUGCCAGUAGCAGGAGCCACAUCACCCAUCCUGGCAGUUUAAUGCCAGUAACAAGAGCCACAUCACCCAUCCUGGCAGUUUAAUGCCAGUAGCAGGAGCCACAUCACCCAUCCUGGCAGUUUAAUGCCAGUAACAAGAGCCACAUCACCCAUCCUGGCAGUUUAAUGCCAGUAGUAGGAGCCACAUCGCCCAUCCUGGCAGUUUAAUGCCAGUAACAAGAGCCACAUCACCCAUCCUGGCAGUUUAAUGCCAGUAGUAGGAGCCACAUCGCCCAUCCUGGCAGUUUAAUGCCAGUAGCAAGAGCCACAUCGCCCAUCCUGACUGUUUAAUGCCAGUAGCAAGAGCCACAUCGCCCAUCCUGGCAGUUUAAUGCCAGUAGCAAGAGCCACAUCACCCAUCCUGGCUGUUUAAUGCCAGUAGCAAGAGCCAUCUCUCUCAACCAGGUAGGUUAGUGCAAGAAGCAACAGUCAACUCUCUCAACCAGAUACCUGUGGGGAAGCUGUAGAUCAAGAAUCAUCAGUGAACGUUGAUAAGAGCGCUUGGCCUUCAUCACACGACAACUCAACAUGGCUGAGGAACCCUGCAAAUGUCCUGAGAAUAUGAGAGAAACUCUGCCCUUAGCCGCGCGUGAGGCUGCUAUGGAGGGUCGGGUGCAGCAUGUGAGAGCUUGGCUCAACGCUGGAGGGGAUGUCAAUGCCACUACCACGGUCUCUGACAAACUUGGACCUGGCAUGUCUCUUCUGGCUGCUGCUUGUUACCAAGGCCAGGCCGUUGUGGUACGGGAACUGCUCAAGAACCCCAUGACACAUCUCAACACCCGUCAUGACACGGAGUGUGGCAUGAACUGUACCCCAAUGUAUAUAGCUGCCCACUCUGGAUAUGACGACUGCGUCAGUGUUCUCCUUACCUCAAAACUGAAGUGCCACAUUGAUCUGUCAGUUCCUGCAAGAAUAGCAGGCAAAGUAAACAUGACUGCUAUCAUGGCUGCUGCCGCUCAAAGACACUGGAAGGUCGUGUGGAUAAUCCUUGACGUCUACGUCAAGAUGACAUGUGAAGAAGCAGACUUUGUCAUCACCAAAGCCGCUGAUAAUAAUCAGUGGGAUAUUGUACAUCAGGUCCUUAGACGAAACUUGCCGUUGCCAACUAAGACGUUCAAGAGCUUGAUCCAGAGAGCUGACGAUCAGGGGCUGUGGGAAAGUGUGUUCACAGUCCUCCAGCAGAAUUUUAGGUAUAAGGAUGAAUGUCUUUGUGAAGUGCUGUCAAAGAUGGUGACAAGGCGGCACUGGAAGAGGAUAACCGAGUUACUCACUUUAGUGGAUACGAAGUUCGAUGAGGCUUUGGCUAAGGCUGCCCUUGCCGAAGAUCUUGAAGAGGUUAGAAAUACCAUCAAGAAAUAUGACGAAGAGACGCUGGACGGGACUCGGCUGGUGGUGGCAGCAGGCGGGACGAGUGACGAGGUCGCCUAUCUCCUCUACCGCUCCUACUGCACCGGUAAAGACGUGGUUUAUAAGAAUUCUCUACUCCUAGCUGCCAUGAAUGGCCACCUAGAAAUACUGAUGCAACUGUUCGACCGUCAUUUAAAAUAUUACACCUACAGUUUUCUUAGUCGGGCCAGGCACUUAGCAGCGGAGGGAAGAUUUGAAGAUACCGAAAAGCUUCUUCAAACUGCAUUAUCAUCGAAAGCUAAAAGUAUGUGCUCUUGAACGCACAGAUAGAUUACUGGUUAUUAGUGAAAUAAUCAGUAAUAUUAGUGAAGAUUACUGAUAUUAGUGAAAUUAGUGCCAUAUAUAGUCUAGGUUUAAAUUUAAAAUACCCAAAGUCAUUGAUAAAGUUGCCUAAUUACUCGUAACACUUUCUUUAGUUUGACAAAAGAAGAAUACAAUAUUAGGAAUACAAUAAUUAUGCCAUUUAAUGAUAAUUUCAAUGAAAUUCAUAUAUUACUAUAAUAAUUUCAUAUCACUGUAGCAUUUACAAAUCAUAAAAAGCCAUCUCACUUCAAAUUCCAUUGGAUGUACGUAUAAAAUUCUCUGUAAAGAUUGUAAUAAGUUCUAUGUUGGUCAAGUAAGUAUAAACAUCUUUACCAAAGAAUAAAUUAACACAAAUAUAUUAUAAGAACAGGUCAAGAGUCCAAUGCAUUGUUUGGUCACUUAAUGGAUUUUAAUCAUUCAAUUAAUAGGACCAAUUCAUGCAAAAUUGUCGGGUAAAUCAAUUACAAAAAACAAUUUUAUUAAAUCUUAAUUUAUAAAAUGUAGUGAAUUAGUGAAAAAUGAAGUGUAGUGAAUAUUAAUGUAAGUCCAUGAUUAUAUAAAUUAUAUAGCUUUAUAAUUUGUAAGAUUUGUGAUAGGUGUAAAAUUAUGUAAAGGAUAAGUGUAUGUGUGGUACAUUCCAAGAAUGAGGCAAUACCCAUUUAAUUAUCCAGUAAUUCAUGUCACUGGUACUGUGUACGUUUAGGGGUGAUCCUGGAUGACAUGGGUUCGAAUCCUGGCCGGGUCAAAGAGUUCUUAGUGAUAUAUGGCUUGCGCGUUCAUGCAGCUUUCUCAUAUAUAUAUAUA